UGCGAGCUCUUUUUGGAUUUUGUUCUGCAUCCUCUCAUACCAUCACCCUCGACAUCAGACUGCUUUCGAAGAGACCCACGACCAUUGCAAUCAUGGCUGUCACUGCAGCAGAUAGUGUGCCCGAGACGAAGAAUCUGGCAGACAUAUACCCCGAGGAUGCUCUCAAGAGUCAGAGUACGAGAUGGAAUUCGUUGCUCAAGAGUUUUCAAGAGACAUACAAUAAGAGCCCAGACUUUGUGUCAAGAAGUCCGGGCAGAGUCAACAUCAUUGGCGAGCAUAUCGAUUACUCCUUGUACGAAGUCUUGCCCAUGGCCGUGACAGAAGAUGUCUUACUCGCUGUGUCUGUGCACAAGAAUGAGUCUGGCCCCAGCACGAUCCGUCUAUCCAAUGUACACUCCCACAAGUUCGAGGCGCGAGAGUUUGAUAUCCCCGACACAGGAGAUGUACACAUCGAUUCGACCACGCUAGAGUGGACGAAUUACUUCAAAUCUGGCUUGGUUGGCGCCACGGAACUACUACGAAAGAAGUCGGAAGAGUUCAAGUGCAGUGUUGGCAUGGAUAUUUUGGCAGAUGGGACUGUGCCCUCGGGGGGUGGCUUGUCGAGCAGUGCUGCAUUUGUGUGUGCCAGUGCAUUGGCAGUCAUGAAGGCCAACGGUGUGGAGAAGGUGGACAAGAAGGAGCUUGUCGAGCUCGCAAUCGUGUCAGAGCGUGCAGUGGGAGUCAACUCAGGGGGCAUGGAUCAAUCCGCCUCAGUCUUUCCACUGCAAGGCUCAGCGCUAUACGUCUCGUUCGUGCCUGAACUUUCAGCCAGGAAUGUACAAUUCCCUGAGCUCAAGUCGCCUCUCACAUUUGUCAUUGCACAAUCGUUCGUGGCAGCAGACAAGCAUACCACCGGUCCAGUCUGCUAUAACCUCCGCGUCGUCGAGGUCACAUUAGCAGCUCUGGUUCUGUCGAAGAUCUUCCGUCUUCAAAGUCUCCCCGCAGAUUCCGGUCCUCUGGGAGUCAGCUUACGAGGCUUCCACGACACGUACUUUCAAGAAAAAGAAGAUAUCAAAGACAAUCACCAAACAUCCAAAGAGGACUUCAAAAAACAGCUACAGGAUCUCAUCCACAAAGUCGACCAAUAUCUCCCUCAAGAAGAAGGCUACACCCGCGAACAACUCUCCGACAUCUUAGACAUCAGCAUCGAAGAGCUCGAGCAGAAGUACAUGUCCAAAUUCCCCAUCCGAGCAGAGAAGUUCAAGCUCCGACAACGUGCCUUCCACGUCUUCAGCGAAGCCAGUCGUGUCAUCGCCUUCAUGGAACUCUUGAACUCCCCACCUCCCCAAACCGACGCAGAAAACGCUGACCUCCUCAAAUCUCUGGGUGAACUCAUGAACGAGACGCAAGAUUCUUGUCGAGACAUCUUUGAGAACUCAUGUCCCGAGUUAGAUGAACUAUGCACGCUCGCGCGAUCUGCGGGCUCAUAUGGAAGUCGUUUGACGGGUGCGGGAUGGGGUGGAUGUUCAGUGCAUCUGGUGCCGAAUGAGAAGGUGGAAGCUGUCAAGGCGAAGUGGAUUCAAGAGUAUUAUCAAAAGAAGUUUCCUGACAUGACGAAGGAGAAGUUGGAGGAGGCUAUUGUUGUCAGUAAGCCAGGGAGUGGGAGUGCGGUGUUUUUGGUGGAGGGAAGGAGUGAGUUGUGAGAGAAGCAGAGAGACAGAGAUAUUUUUCUGAUGUCUCCGGGACUUUUUAAUAUUUUAAAAACGUGCUGAAUGUAUCUAGGCAAGUGCAUGCAUGCAUCACAUGGGCACGAGUGAAUUCGCAUGUAUCUUCCAGUGACUGAUUGUUACAGAACCACAAAGGCC